CCGUCUCCUUUGCUUUUGGAGAGCCUAAACGAGCUUCAAGCUUUCAGAGAACCUCUAGAGGAACCCCCAAUAACGAAAACAACAAACGACGAGGAUGGCAUUCGGACGAUUGUUCCACUAUGCGUUUGAUGCAGCGCUGCUUUCGACGGUGCUUGCUGGUGUGAGGAGGUCGAGUGGGUUCAGCCCCGACACAACGCUCAUCUCCGACCCUACUGCUCGCGGAAUAGCCGACAAGUUUUUGGGAGUUGGGGAGACGGUGUUUGACAUGCUGCAGGGAACGGCUGUGAAUAGCUCCUAUUUCAAGAGGGACCAGCCUCAGCCUCCUGCAGGUUCUUCGUGAAGAGGGUUCCCCUCGUAGCGUGGCUUUGGGGAGCUUUUCAUGGGCCUUUAUGACCUCGACGACAAUAGUUUUCGACCUUACGCCCUUUGGAUUCAUGGGUUGGGAUUAGGGAGGGAUGGCGCUUUAGAUGUUGGAGGAACCGACCAGCUAUAUUGUAUUGCGCUCAAUAUUCUAUUUAUCUCUUGUCGUUGA